CGCGCCUGCAUGAUGAAAUUGUAGGAGGACAAAUCUAAGGAAGUGGUUUAUAUACACAACUGGACAAAAUCGCACAGAAAUUCCUACUAAAUUGCUAACCAGAGUAUUUAUGGGAUCACAGUGAACCUUGUACUGGACUUGAAGAAGAUAUCUUUGGAAUUUUAAAGCUAAAGUCACGAUUUAUCAUGGCAAAACUGGUGGCUGUGUGUCGCGACGAAAUGGAUUUUCCUUUCGAACGACGCCAAAUCCCACUGAUCAUAGAAGAAGCCCUUACGAUGGUUAUGGAGAUUCCAGAGAAUAUUUUUUCCACGAGAUGUGUUUGUGAAAACGAACUUCGGGAUUUUGUAAAGCGUUAUGGAUGCCUGGACUUGGAAGAGCUCGCUGUUGCCCUAAUGGUGCGACAAAAGGAAGUGUUUUCUCUGCUCUCUCACUCAGUUCCCUGCGUUGGAUGUCGGAGGAGUGUUGAACGCCUGUACACUCAGCUGGUUGAGUCAGGCCAACCCGCACUUGAACCACUCAUCAUCAGCUCGUCUGGAAUUUUGACGGUGAGUCAUUCAUUCCUCAAGGACCCCAAGCUAAUCUAUGCUCUGUUCUACGAUCAUGGGUCAAGACUAAAUGAGCUUGUUGAGGCAAUUCCGAAAAGCAGACGAAACAGGAGAUGUCCCCUCCAUUCACUUGAAACACACAAGUCCCGUCCUUCAGGGAGCUGGAUAGAUGUAUGGGAUCUUCUAUCUCAAGAAUGCCGAGAUGAGGUUGUACUGAUUGAUUCAGAUGCCCUUCUAGACACCUUGGAACACUACCUUCGAAAACACAGAUUUUGCUCUGAGUGCAAGUCCAAAGUUCUCCGAGCAUUUAGCAUCCUUGCAGGCGAUCUAGAUGGACCAAGUGAGAAAGGGUUCUGUCCAGCUUUGUAUGACGGCCUUAAGAGUUGUGCACAGGAGAGACACAUUCAUGUACUCUGUGAUACAGAUUUUAUCGCCCAUCUUAUUGGACGUGCCGAGCCGGAACUUGCUGGAGGAGAACGACACGCAAAAACUCUCGACAUAGCACAGGAAGAGGUGUUGACUUGUCUUGGGAUUCAUCUCUGGGACCGGCUUCACCGACUCUGGCAGAAACUCCGUGCUGAGGAGCAGACCUGGCAGAUGCUCUUCUACCUUGGCGUCAAUGCACUAAGAAAAGGUUUCGAGGUCGCAGUAGAAGAGAAACUCGGGAUAUCACGCUUAGAGCAAGUUGUCGAAGAAAUAUCCGAAGCGGAAAGAGCAAAAGAGUUGCGUCGAGAACAAAAGAGGCUAAAAAAGAAAGCCAAGAGAAAGGAGAAGUUUAAGUGCUGUCCUGAUGCCGAAAUCAUAGAGAUAAAAGACAAGGACCCAAUCCAGAAACACAUGUGUAGUAAUGGCAGCACGGAGGACAUUGAGGGUGGGCAUGAAGGUAGCUGCGAGGAGGAGGAUGAUGGCGACAGUAUUGACACACCCUGCAGCUGUGAAGACAUGCAGUGUUGUAGUAAGCAGCGGCGAGGAGAGCCUUGGACGACUUAUCGGAAUGGUGACUGCGGGUAUGUUGGGCAGAGUAAAAGAUGGAAUGGAACAGUGGAUUGCCUGAAUGGGACAGCAGGACGAGACAGGCAGAAUCCAGAAGCAUGUGAAGGGUGUGGUGGAGCAGAGGACGAAGAGGAGAUUUUAUCAGAUUGUUUGUCCGCGAGUCCCUGUAGCAGUGGCAGCAGUGGUUGCAAGCUUGGUAAAGGAGGGAAGAAAAGGAGGGGUGAGAGAGCCAGGCAAAAGAUGCGGAAUCAAAGACACAGUCCGCCGGGUGACCCGACAGAACUCAUGGAUGACGAAGAGAAGCGACUCUUACAGUCUAUGGGGUGGAAAUGUGACGAAACGGGUCACGUGGACGGGUGCUGUUGCUCGGAUGAUGAUAGCGGCAUUUCAGAGCAGGAUAUCCUCCGGUUCAAAGCCAAUCAGAAAUCAGUCUCUGUACAACGGCAGGAGCUAAGAGAGAAACUUCUUCAGAAAUUCAACAACCUCUCACAGAAGCCGGGCGGAACCGGAGGGGGCAGUGGCCCGGGAGGCGACGCGAUAACCAAGCAACUUAAUGGAUUGAAUAUAGGUGUGGUGCAUUAGCUCGCUUGAUCAGUUCUUUGCAACAGGCCUGAUUAGCUUCCCACACUCUCCAUUUAGUGGACCUGUGAUUUGGCUAUGUCUUUACGGCGCUUAUGAAUUUCUGUUCCCGCAAGUCUUCAAACAAGAAUGAAUGGGAUCCUACUCCAAGAACUUCGUCAGAUUGCACGUCCACUGAUCUUUCUUUAAGUAUCCAAUCUGGUGAAGCAGUAUUAGAAGUAAGCGACCCAGAUACUGUAUUCUUACUCCUGGGUACGCGUUUGAUUGUUUGUUGUCUCAUAGAUAGGAUUGUGUGAUUUUUAUUUAUUGCGUCAGUCGUGAGGACUGUUGUAUAUUGCCUUACGUUUCGCCGCUGAACCUCCUAGUCAACUCUGGAAGAUUCUGGAAGGUUCUUUUGGGUUUCCCGGGAAGCUAAUCCUCGCCUGUUGCAGUUCUGUGCGACAGGCCCAUUAGUAAGCCCAAAAUCUAACAACCUACAAAUGACUUAUCUAAUGCAGGACACGCCAUUUCCUAGUGAUAAUACUAUUAAAGCAACAGGGGAUUACAAUCCUUGAAAGGGUACAAAAUGCUACAAACCAACCAGUUCGACUGUUAUGUAGAGGUCAAUUUUCUCUUCUGUUGGUAUGUUAUCUUUUGGCCUCAUUCUUAUAGUACAGUCAGACCUCUAUUUAAGGGACCUCCUUUAAGCUGAUACCUCACGGGUGCUUCUCCUGGUCUAUUUUAUAGAGGUUUCGCUAUAAUGUAGAGUUCACGUUGCGUAAAUGACCUAUGCUAUCCAUACCUUGUGUUGGUUUUAUGAUUAUCAUUAGAUAGCCUAGUCCAGAGAAUAGGACUGUUUAUUAAGGAAUAUUGUACCCCUCCUUCUCCCUGGUGUGUCCAUUAAUGGGAUUCAGGGGAUCAAAUAAUUUAGGGGAUCUGAAAUCCCCAUUUAACAGGGCGUGUACUCUCCCUGGUAGGUUGUUUAAAUGGGCUAGUAGCUGUAGUUAAUACUGACGAGUGAUUGCAGUAGAUGGACCGCCUUUCCGGUGGGGAUACUGUCGGGUUUUGGAUUCCAAUAAAUGGACGGGUCGUACUGUUCAAA